UCAAGUAGCAAGCAGAAUAAAUAUGAAAACGCGUCAUGGUAUUGAAGGAGUUAAAAAAUUAAGAUCUCCAAGUAGACUAUGAUAUACCCUAACAUACACUGCAUAUGGCCUUUAAUGUCUCAGAAAUCAGCAAAUAGAAAAUCCCUAUAUAGCUGUUUGGUUGGCUACGCUCGCCCCAUACUUCAUAUCCCUCACUACUUUUAAGGAAUCGACUCCCAUGUAUAAUAGUAAGGAAGUGACUUAAGCGAUCACUGAAAAGGGAGGGCGAGUAUUAGUAGAGAAAGGAUAACUGGGAAGAAAAGGAAUAGCUGACGAUUAUUUGUAAGAGAAAGAAAACGAGUAACUAGAUAUCAUAAAAAACAAAAGGAAGGGAGAACUCUAACAACUAAAACUAAAGAAAGAAUCAUGAACUCAGUGACCGCCAACACACACACACUCUGCUCCUAAUAAUUUUUUAUAUCCAAGCUGCAGUCAGGAACACUCAUGAGCAUGGCAACUGUUUACCAAGCAUACCACACAUUUAAAGGGGAAAAACAUUAAAACACCCAUGACAGAUUAUUUAACCUUUGAAAACAGAGCGAAUCUUUCCUAGCGGACUAGUGGUUACUGGCAAUGAGAGGUAUAAGAGAGCAUGUGAGCAGUGAGUCAGUGUCCUAUGGCUAUGCGUACAGGUAAAGGCAAAGGAUACACAUGGCAUUGCUCAACGGCUCAACAGGACUCACGUAAACCCUUUCAUCCCUUUAAUGUUGUAAUGGGAAGCUUUAAAAUGUUGGCACGCAAAAGCAACACGUGUCUUUGUAGGGUGUGGGGAUGGUGUGUGGCUGUGUAUUGUUGAGUCGUGUGUGUAUCUCUGUGGGUUUAGGUUGUUUUUCCGUGUUGCAGCGUAGUGUAGUGUGUUCCAAGUGAUACAGCUGGCAGGUCUGAAGCAUCUCCUGUGUGCAUCAUGUGGAGGGACAAGCAGUGUGGGUAAUUGACCAUGUGAGCAUUAUUACAUGUUGGGAAUGAACUAGAGUGUGGGUUAUUAUGCGUGGCAUUGUUGGAAGACAGUAUUGCACCCACUGAAAGAUAAGCAGAGCCAUGGAGCUGGUGUGGAAUGCUGUGUGGUGGGUGUAUGCCUUUGUCUUCCUUGCCCUCAUCUUGUCAGCCACCGUCCACCACCACCUGGGGCUGCGGCGCCGCUACAUUAACCUCCUCCUCAAGGUGUUUGAGUUCGGUCAAGAACGAGUGGAGCACAAACGUCCGGCGUGGCGCGAUGGAGAACUGGACGAGACAGAAACCCCAAUGGAGGAGGGAGAGAAUCAACUCUUGUCCUUUGAGCACCCAAGGGCGCCGGGCAUUGAGGAGGACAUCAAGGGCUUCCACCUGGACCACGUGCUGGGCUACAUCACGGCAGGAAUGGCUGCCAUCUGUGAGGACAACAUAACCAAGUACUUUGAACCAGAGGAGCUGCCCACCUGGAACCUCCUCUCCCGCACCAAUGACCGUGCCUACGAGUUUGUGUCAUUCCGGCUGACGGUGUGCUGGAUCAUUGGGCUGCUGGUGCGUUACCUCGUCCUCUUGCCGCUGCGACUGAUCAUCUUGGUCCUGGGCAUUGGGUUGUUCUGGACGUGCAUGUUCUUUGUGGGCUUGUUCCCUCCUGGUAACUUCAAGCGCUGGCUCAACAAGAAGCUCUUCGUUUUCUGCUUUGACUUUGUGGCUGGUUCUCUCUCCCUGGUGGCCACCUUCCACAACACAGAGAACAUGCCCAAGAAUGGCAUUGCUGUGGCCAACCACACGUCCCCCAUUGACUCCUUAGUGCUAUCAACCCACAACUGCUACGACAUGGUGGGACAGACACACCAAGGGUUCCUCAGCAUCUUCAUGAAGGCGCUGAGUAGAGCAUCCAGUCACAUCUGGUUUGAGCGCUCCGAUGCCAGGGACCGAGCACAAGUUAUUGAAAGGCUAAGGAACCAUGCCAAUGACAGCAACCUUCCCCCAAUCCUCAUUUAUCCUGAGGGUGUGUGCGUCAACAACACCUCUGUCAUGCAGUUCAAGAAGGGCUCAUUUGAGGUGGACACAGUCAUCUACCCCAUCGCUAUCCGGUUUGAUGCAAGGUUUGGUGACGCCUUCUGGUGGCAGGACAAGUUUUUCCACUAUGUGUUGUGCAUGAUGACGUCCUGGGCCAUUGUGUGCAACGUGUGGUACCUUCCCCCCAUGAGGAAAAAUCCUGGCGAGUCUGCCACGGCAUUCGCUAACAGAGUAAAGGCCAAGAUUGCCCACCAGGGGGGUAUGAUAGACCUGGCCUGGGACGGCUUCCUCAAGGCCAACCCUGUGAAGGCCGAGUGGAAGAAGAGGCAGCAGGAGGAGUUUGCCAAGCACCUGCAGGUGAAUGACGAUGAUGAUGGAGAGGAGGAGGAGCAGCAACCAGAAGCAAAUGAGAGUGACAUCUCAGAUCUAUUGAAAAAGAAGGAAGAGUGAGGCUGUGGAUGGUAUGAACAGACAAGUGCACAAAUACUGUGGAAACAAACAUGGUGCUUCUCAAGAUCCUCCUCUGCAUAUAAUUGUUUCAUGCAUAAAACAAAUGGUGGUGAUCUUGACGAGAUUUUAUCAUUCACACGUUAGACAUGCAAAGCUCAUUUGUUUCCUUUACAUGUAGUGUAGCACAACAGAUGCAUCUUUUGUUAGGGAUUACACUGAAGUAACCAGUGCCUCAGAGAGAGAGAGAGAGAGAGAGAGAGAGAGAACUUUUAUAUUAGUCAAGCACAAAAUUCCAUAAAAGUUUGAUAGUGGUGGUGUGUGGUAUGCAUGGAGUACUAGUAACAGAAUAGCUACACCAGAGACAGGCUGAGAUGACAGGACCAUCAGGGUGAGAGAGGAGGAGAAGGAAGGGGGCAGCAUGGGUAGGACCAGGACAGACUCAUCACUGACCCAGCCUUCCCUCACCUCACUUGCUCUCACUUGUCAGCUUCACAUUUUAUACACCAGAGUAGCAUAUAUUUUUUUUCCCUUACUAGAGCACUUAGAUAGAAGAUAUCAUUGCCGUUUUGAAUUGUUUUGAUUUGUUGUGGAUCAGUGUUAUGUGGGUCUAUGGAUCUAUCGGGUGUUAAUAUGCUAAGGAAAUCCCAAAGACUGUUUCUGAUUCAAGUAUUUUUUUGUAUAUGAUCAUAGAGGGUGAGGUAAAAGUCUGGAAUGAGAGUUUUUAUUUAUUUAUUUACUGUUCAGGUUUAGAUUUAUUCUGUUUCUUACUUUUGAUCCUGAAGUGUGAGUUUAGAAUCCAGGAUAGCUAUUUCUUUACUUAUUUGUUUUAUUUUUUGCAAUCCUCUGUUGUUAUGUUAAUGUCCAAGCACAGUGUUUCUAAAUUUGCUGCUAUCUCCUCACUGUUUCUGUAUUAUUCUUAAGUGUGUCUUUAUUUUAAUUUUCUUGUACAUUCUUUGAUAGCAUAGCAUGUGUGUAUUUCAUUGAUAUCUUGUGUGUUAGUGUGUGUGUGUGUGUGUGUGUGUGUGUGUGUGUGUGUGUGUGUGUGUGUGUGUGUGCGCACGUGCAAGGUACUUCAUACACUGGCCAUGAACAUCCAUCCAUCAAUCCAUUCCAUCCAUCCAUCCAUUCCUUGAUGUAUCUGUUGUAAUAGCAAGCUGUAUUAGGUCCAUUGAUGCUUACUGUUGGUGCUGUUAUCAUUGUUUCUUAGUAUUAUUGUUAAUCUCAAUACAGAACUGGCUUAUGGCUUAGUAAAACUCUUAUUCCAUCUCAUUACAUAUUCAAAGGUCAUUGUCUAA